AUGGCCCGGACCGACGAAGCCGCCAUCUUUUUUCACGCCGUGUAUAGCGCGGUGCAAGAGAUUCCGCACGGCAAGGUGACUUCAUAUGCGCACAUAGCAAUGCUAGUCGGAACUCGUAAGACCUUAUAUCAACCAGUUUCAUCAUCAACGCCCUCCGCCACAACGACCCCGACAAGUGGGCGUCUCUCCCAACCAAAUGGUGCACAGAACCAGGCGGAGGCCCUGCGUGGCGAGGGCGUCGAGGUCACACGCACCGCGAUGGGUGAAUUCAUGGUGAAUUUUGAUGAAUAUGGCUGGUUUCCGAGAGCGCUGCCUUCUGAGGCGGUUAGCGACGAGGCUUGGGAGAGCAGUACCGGUGACGAAGCUGAGGCCGAUAAUGAGUAG